UGUGUGUCACGUUCCUGGGAAGGUUCUACCAGAGUCUAAAGGACAACGAUGUUGAAUUCACACCUGCCAAUAUUGAAAAGGAGCUCUUGAAAUCCUGCAAAGAAGCAAAAGGCAAAGAGAACCGCCUGUGUUAUUAUGUUGGGGCCACAAGUGAUGCAGCCACCAAAAUCAUUAAUGAGGUAUCAAAGCCCAUGAGUCAUCACAUCCCCGUGGAAAAGAUCUGUGAGAAACUAAAGAAGAAAGACAGUCAGAUCUGUGAACUAAAAUACG